AUGCAUGAAAAAAUACAAUCAGUAUAUCAAAUUAAUGUAUCAUCAUCAUCAUCAAUAAGAACAAAAUCACAUUAUAAUAAAUUUGUACAUGAAGACACUACAUUUAAUUAUACCAGAAUUCAAUAUUCAGUUUUAAAUCUUCAUUCAAUUCCAAAACAAUUAAGAACUCAUUCACAACCACAUGAGAAACCAACCGUCUUAAUAGCUUCUUCCAUUGGUCAAAGUGAACCAUAUGGUCAAGCGCGUACUUUUGGAGACUUUGUCCAUACCGUUAAUUCAAUCUCAUCACAUCAAGAAAAUAGAUUAAGAAUCAGUUUGGGAUUAUUAUGUAAUAACCCAAUAGAAUUUGCAAAUAUUACAAAUUAUAUUGAAACUAAUUCAGAUAAACUUUCAAAACUUUAUGAAAAGAUUACACUUAUCCUGGCACCAUUCUUAGAUAAAAAUGCCGGGUUUUCAAGAGAAGAAAGACAACUGGAUAAUAUUCAAAGAUUAAGACGUCGUUUAAUUGCUAAAUCAAGAAAUUUCUUAUUACUGAAUGUCUUAGAAGAUGAGCAAUAUACUUUCUUCCUUGAUGCAGAUGUUGUAUUCUUUGAUUAUCCCGAAAAUGUAAUUUCUACGUUCAUUAAAACCGAAAAGGAUAUUAUUGUUCCUAGAGUCACCAGAGGUGGCAAUCAAGAUUAUGACAAAAACUCAUGGAGAGGUCAAAGAACGAAACCUUCUCAAGAAGAAUUAGAUCUCAUGGAUAAAAAUCAAUGGGAUAAAUGGGGAUAUGUUCCUUAUGAUGUGGACGAUAAAAUGUGGCAUUUCCAAUCCUAUGUAGACGAUAAUCAUCAAGAACAUACCAAACAUAAAGAUGAACAUGAUUAUAUUGUACCAUUGGACUCUGUUGGAGGGGCUGUUUUGUUUGCUAAAUCGGUUGUUUACAAACAAGGAGCAAUCUUCCCAACUAGUAAUAUUAUUGGUACUUCUUGGGAUAGAUCAGAAGGAUAUGAUGGAAUAGAGACUGAAGGUUUAUGUUAUUUGGCAAAGCCAUUGGGUUAUAGUUGUUGGGGUAUGCCAAAUGUUGUAGCACAUCACCUGCUUCAUUAA